AUGACAACAUCUGCGCCGGUUACGAUAUCUCCCACUGCAGGAGAAUCAGAACGAUUGGGGAAGAGACAAGGAAACAGCAAGAAUGCGUCGGCAGAGGCGGGCCAGUCCGAGGAGAGUACGUUGGAUACUGACAGUCUGACAAGUUCGAAGGAGACGACUACAUCAUCAGCCACCACUACCACUACCACUAGCCCCUUACCAUCGCCCUUCGGCAGUCUGGCCCAAAACGCUUUCCAAGUCCGUGGUAGUGACGAUUCUUGCCCCAACUUCAUGGCUGCAUUGCUCUCGGAUCCUACUUUCAAGCGAUGCUAUCCCAUUUCCAUGAUGAUUAAGUCUUCCAUCUCAUUUUUCGACGCCGAAAAGGAACUUGUCAGCAUCGUCAAGGUUCUCGACGCCACAUGCGCAGCUGAUGUCACCAAGUGUACCAAAUAUAUGACCCAAGCUGCCCAAAAUCUCACCACGAAUGGCAACUGCAAACGGGAGUUCGACCAGAACCAGACUCAGGUCGUACAAGCCUGGCAGGGUUUAAAGGCCUACAAAGUUCUUUACUCGGCGACCUGUCUCCAGGAUCCCUCAUCAAACUCGUACUGCUACGCCAAUGCCGUCACAAAUUUCACGAACCCGUCGGACGUGUACUUUUACUUUAUGCCCUUUGGGCAACCGUUGAUAGCUUCGGCGACGCCAUCCUGCAAUUGGUGCAUACAGAAUACCAUGUCAAUCUAUCAGUCAGCUUCCGCAGACCGACAACAGCUUCUGACACCGACAUACCAAGCUGCAGCGAACCUGCUCAACGCGCGCUGUGGUCCAGACUUUGUCAACUCGACUCUACCUGCUGCUGAGAAUGGAGCUUUCGUUGUAGCAGUGCCAUCUCAUAUCGCCAUGGCAGCUAAUCUUGUUGUCGCGCUUUUCCUCCUGGCGAGGUUCUUGUAA